UUUUCCACCCGUUUGGUGACCGGAAGUGGAUGUCUUGUUGUUGCCUCGAUUAGUAGCUCGCGUCCUGAAAACACAUUAAUAGCUUAUUGCUUUGAAUAUUUUGUUAUUCGUCGUGCAAGCCGGGUUUUGUGCUUCUAAAAUGGCUGGAGAGGAAGCUCUAAAGCCUCUAAUGUUCUUGCUCAUGUAUACGCUCAUGAAGCGCAGAAAGGACAUAAACAACGCAGACGUGCAAAGACGGAAUGAAAUCCAGAGGCGAAUCCGUCACAGGCAGUAUUUUUUCCAGAGACAAAGGAGGAUGCUCAUGAUGCUAAUAGCACGCAGCACAAGGUGCACCUGUAAUUACCGUACGCGAGCCUGGACAAACAUAGAGAGCACAGAUUGGUGGGAACGGGUGGUGAUGAAGGAGUUCCAGCCCCGCGAUUGGUUGGAGAAGUUCCGCAUGAGCAAGGACACCUUCUUUUUCCUGUGCAACAAGCUGAAGCCCCGACUGACGAGGCAGGACACGCACUUCCGGCUGGCGCUCCCCCUGGAGAAGCGCGUUGCCGUGGCGCUGUGGCGGCUGGCCACCAACGUGGAGUACCGCACCAUCAGCGCCCUGUUCGGCGUGGGCCGCUCCACCGUGUGCAAGUGCGUGCGAGACGUGUGCCACGCCAUCGUGUCCCUCCUCAAGCCUCUCUACCUGCAGCAGCCCAGCGAGCAGGAGAUGGAGGACGCCGCCCGGCUCUUCAACACGCGCUGGGGCUUCCCGCACUGCGUGGGCGCCAUCGACAGCCUGCACAUCGCCAUCAUCGCGCCCUCCAACAACACCGCCGACUACUGGAACGGCGCCGGCUGGCUUUCGGUGGUGCUGCAGGGCGUGGUCAACGGGCUGGGCCAGUUCUGGGACGUGUGCGCCGGGUUCCCGGGCAGCACGGAGGACGUGACCAUCCUGCAGAACUCCACCCUGUGGGCCGCGGCGAGCGAGGGCGGGCUCUCCCCCGAGCCGCCCCGGAGCUUCAUGGGCCGGCCGCUGGGGUACCUGCUGCUGGGCGACGCGGCCUACCCGCUGCAGAGCUGGCUGCUCAAGUGCUACCCGGAGUCGGACGGGCUCGCGCCGCGGCAGCGCGCCUUCAACUACCGGCUGAGCCGCGCGCGCAGCGUGAUCGAGAACGCCUUCCUGCGCCUCAAGGCCCGCUGGCAGUGCCUGCACAAGCGCAACGACUGCAGCCUGGACCUGGUGCCCACCAUGGUGCUGGCCUGCUGCAUCCUGCACAACGUCUGCGAGGUGCACGGGGACACCUUCGUGGAGGAGUGGCUGGAGGCGGUGAGCCAGGUCGACUGCCCGCAGCCCGCCGACGCCCUGCCCCCCUCCGCUGACGACCCCGAAGCGGAGGAGGUGCGCUCCCUCUUCUGCGACUACUUUCAGCAGCAGCAGCAGCAGCAGCAGCAGCAGAACUGAGCUGCGGCGGGACUAAAGAUAAUGCAUUCUUAUAGAGUGCGUCUUCAUCGGUGACUCUGCAACACCUUCUUCCGGAAGUGCAGCUAACCCUUUAAUUAGGGAAGUACUGUUUGCAUGGGAUUAGAGUAACCUGGGUCUCAUGAAAAGCAGAGGUGGCUUUUCUCUCUCACUUCCAUAAACCUCCCCAUGACCUGAUGAUAAUAAACAUUCUAGAGUUACCACUGGGGGAAAGAAGAUUUUAUUUUCUGCCAAAUGUUUGGCAGGGCAGAACGGAAUGUAUGUCAUUUCCACUGUUUUGGAUUAAUUUUAUGACCUGCGUUUAACCAUUUCACAAGAUGGCAUAGGAUGCAUAAACAUAUCCUUAAGCCUGGUUGAUCAGUGCGAUGUCCUCUGCAAACGCACAGCCGUGCAGCCGAACUCCAAAGCUUGUGUUGCUUCCUUUCUCUCUGCAGUCCUUCACAGGGUCCCCCAGAUGCGCUUCAUGCGAGCCGCAAUCGACACUGCUAUGUCACAGGCUGCUUGGGAAGCGUCGAGAACACUGAAACUGAGGCCGGUGUGAUGAAAACACACAAUUAUGUAGCCAAACUUCGCUCCAUGAUGAUGACUGCGAAACGUUGGAUCAUUGCAGGCCUACAAUCAAACUAGAAAUUCAGUUACAAAAUGUUCACAUUGCUUAUGAGUAAGGUUUCAUCCUAGAUCGCCCCCUCUUAUUCAUGUGAGGCCACCUCUGUGUGAUGUUCUUCUGACAUUGCAGAGUGGGCCGGGUGAGUGGGACAACAGAGGGGAGGAUUAGGAAGGCAGGAUGUUUAAAAAUGUUAAUUCUGACACUUACGAGCAUCAUCACUCAGCGUCUAAUGACGGAUAUUAAGCCACUUUGUAGUAGAUGGCCAGCAACUUCUGCUAAAUUUGUUGCCUUUUUAAUGUGAUUCUUGCAGGACUUCCAUC